UAAGAGCUAGUGGCGGGGCGAGACUAAUCCAGAGCCUACAUUACAAUGGACAUGGACUUCUUGUUGCCGAAAUUUGUUCAAUUUACCUAUCACCAGGAGUACCAUUCAGAUGAUAUGAGGCUUUCUGGGGCAAAGGCUGCUAAAAUAAGUCCUGACAAAAACUGCUACAAAGGUGUAGCUUAUUCAGCGGUACCAGUCACUGGGCAUAUCGAGUUUGAGGUAGAGAUACUAUCUUGCUGCACAAAAUGGACUGGGGGCAUUGGAAUAGGCAUAAUGAGACGUUUGAUGAACAAACCAUUCAAUCAUGCAUUAAUACCUCAUAAUACAAAAGAUGCGUCUGGUCACUGCAUGUGGUUUGGAAACAAGGUCUACAGUCGUAUUAAAGCUAAGGCUGAUAUACCAUAUGGGAAGCGAUCGCUGGACUCUUUGACAAUGGGGGAUAGAGUUGGUGUCCUGAUAACAUCAAAUGGUGACUUACAUUUCUUAAUCAAUAAUGAGCCACAAGGCAGAGCACUGGAAAGUGUGUACAGAUUUGGGCAUGAUAUAUAUAUAGCUGUUGAUCAUUGGGGUAACUGUUGCGCAACACAAAUUAUAAAAUCAGUGUUUGGAAACCUUGAGCGAGGAACUGACUUUUUGCUGAUGCAGAAAGCCGAAAGAGAUAAAAAUGCACAGUUGAUACUGGAGAGAGGAAUGAAGGAAGGAUGUAUCUUUCUCAACAACAUUAAGAUGGUAAUAUGUGGUCCUCCUUGCAUUGGUAAAACAGCAUUCAAGGCUCUAUUGCUUAACAACCCACCUCCUUUGAAACACCAUAGCACACCAAUUGCUGCCCGGCCAAUACGAGCCAUUGAGAGAAUAGCUGCCAGAAUGAAAGUGUGGCAUGAAGUCACUGAAGAUGAGUUACUAAGCAUGUUAUCUGAUACUAUUGAAACACAGACCAUGAUGUUUCCUCAGUUUUCUCAUGCUGAUGCUGCUAGGCUACUACCAGGACAAGCAAAUGCUUUAUCACAGGUUUAUCGAAGGGAUCCUGUAAUUCCUAACGAUGAACCAUUAUUUCAAAGGAGCACCCCAGCCAGGCCUGCUUUAUCACCUUCAUUGCCAUCAACUAGUAGUGUAUCUACUGACCCCACUUCUCAUCAGCCAACUAGAGAUAUUGAUCAUGUUUCAGAGAAAAUUCUUAGGCAGUUGGCAUCUCCUGACGAAAGAAAAGUGCCGGAGCAGUUACGUGAAGCAAAGUGGAUUCAUCUUUUAGAUAGCGGAGGUCAACCUCAAUUCACUGACCUACUUCGUAUGUUUGUACGAGGUAAUUCACUGUAUGUCAUUGUAAUGAAGGUGACGGAAUCACUUGACGAUAAACCCACAUUUGUUUAUUCCAUAAAUGGAAAGCCACUCAAUGCACCCAAACAAAUGACAAUGACAAACCUUCAGAUUGUUAAGAAUUUUGUUUGUUCCGUUUCUGCAGCUUCAAGAGAUCAGUUUGGAGAUGAUGUGGCCCCAGCCUUUGUAAUUGUUGCCACUCAUUGUGACCAAUCAAAGUUUAGAAGGUUUUUGAAUAUGGAACAAACACUUCAGGAAAAAAAUCUCAUACUUCAAGAAUGUCUGAGAGAGUUUCUUCAUCUCUUUGUGUUUUAUAAUCGCGAUUCUAAUGAGCUCAUUUUUCCCGUUGACAACCUCUGCAGAUGGAACCGUGAAAAAAUAUCAGCUGAGAUUCGCGAACGCCUAUUAUCUUCUCGUUCUGAUAUAAGCCUGAAUGUUAAACUACCAAUACGCUGGUAUGUGUUUGAUUUGAAUAUUAAAAAAGAAGCAUCAAAGGAGGGUCAUGGAGUGAUUUCGCUUCAGUCUUGCUAUGCUAUUGGAGACAAAUUUGGCAUGGGAAAAAUUGAAGUUGAUUAUUGUCUGAUCUACUUGGACUCAUUGAGAAUAUGCAUUUAUUAUCCUAACACACUUCCUAAUGUGAUAUUCACUAAUCCUCAGUUUCUAAUAGACUUUCUUUCCAAUAUUAUUCGUGUGUCAUUUGUUGAUGAUCUACAGGAGAUAUUGCCAAAAGGAGUCAGUUUGUCUAAAGGUGCUAUACAGUCUCUUAAGAGGGAUGGGAUUUUCGAUGAAUCAUUGCUCAAUAAUCUUGGGUUAACUUUCAUUCCUAACCUUUUUACAAAAAUGGAUCUUCUGUUGUUGCUGCAACUCUUGCGAGUCAUCUCACCAAUCAGAGCAGCUAAUGUCCGGUCACCUCAAUUCUUUAUUCCCAUACUUUUACCUGUUUCCCAUAGUCAGAAGAGAAUCACUACUACAGCUGUUCCACUUGUCAUAACAUUCAAUAGUAAACUGGUCCUACAAGGUUUAUUCCCAGCAUUAAUAGUGUCUUUAUUAAGUAGACAAGAAGAGCCUUGCUUCUUCAUCGAUAGUCGAUCUCCUGAUUUUCCCAAGCAGCUUCGACAUGCUGUGAAGCUCUACUCAGAGGAUCUCUUUGGAUCAGUAUUCCUGUAUGAAGAAUAUAAAUCAAUUGAUGUUUAUUUCACUGGCCCUUCUCAGCAUUGCUAUAUCCUUCGUAAGGUCAUUCUGGAGGGUCUUAAAACCAGCUCUGUGAUACUAGGCUAUGAUGAGAAGAUACUAAAAAUAUCUGCUCUUGUUCAUUGUAAUCGUAAACAUAUUAUAGAUACUAAUGAUAAGGUUCCUCAUCCUAUUACUAUCUCCUACAAGGUGAGUCCACCGGCAAUUGGUUGCAGCAUUGAGACAAGUCUUCAAACUAUUGCUCUGACUAAUGACAGGCAAAGCUGUUGGUUGAUUAGACCAUCUGAUUUGGUUGCACAUGUUGAGACUAAUCCAUUACCAGCUGAUAAAAUAUUAGAUGAGAGCCAUGUCCCCACAAUUCUGGAAGCUAUCAAAGAGAUAGUUUUUGAAUGGGAGUUUUUAGGAGUCUAUCUAGGAAUAGAAAGAUUCAAGUUGAACGAAAUUAAGUAUAACUGUCGGGACCAAGUACAAGUUUGUCGUAAGGAUAUGAUUUACCAUUGGAUAGGGACAAAGACUGCAACGUGUGACGCUUUGAUAUCAGCAUUAAGAAAGAUAGAAAGAAGGGACAUUGCAGAGGAACUGAGCCAACUACUUGUAACUGGACUACAGUAAUUAAUUAUAAUAGUGAUUGUUAUUUUAACUAAUGCUGAAUUGCUACUUCUUUAUUUUGUAUAUUUCCUUUUUUGCACACAUGACCUGGUUGUGUCAUCUACAAAAUAAUGUGCAUUACUACAGUUUA